AUUGCUUGUGAAAAUGUGACCGAAUGGCACCACCUACCGAUCAUAGUCCGUCUCGCCCGUCCACCAAUUCCCCAUUGAAGCGGAAUGCGCAUGCGCCACAGUGCCAGCUCGAUGUGACGUCACUCGUGAGUGCAUUCACUGACUGCGCUGCUAAACGCGAGAGAUGAAGACUCCCCCAGAUAGGACAGGCAUCAAGUUUGAAGUGGGCGCUCAACUGCAGGCAAGAGACCGCCACAAAAACUGGUACUCGGCCACCAUUGACAAGGUCGACUACGACAAAGAGCGUGUCCUCAUCCACUACCGCCGCUGGAGCCGCCGCCACGACGAAUGGUUCCAUUGGAACUCGCCGUACCUGCGGCCACUGGAGCGACUCACUUUGAGGGGAAGGCGGGGCCUCAAUCCGACAAGCGUGUCAACGUCGUUUGUUUCCGGCACCAAGGUUCUGGCCUGUUGGACCGACUGUCGUUUCUACCCGGCCAAAAUCCUGCACGUCAACGAUGACGAGUCCUACACGGUCCGCUUUUAUGACGGCGUGGUUCGGACGGUGAAGCCCCCGAAGGUCAAAGCCUUACAAAAAAAGUCAAAAUGUGACAAGUCAGCCGUGGGGAGUGAGGGACUGGAAGAAGGAGAGAGCGAGCCCGAAUGUGGCGAAGAAGAAGUCGGCGGGGAGGAGGAAGAGGAGGAGGAGGAGAAGGAGGAAGGCCAGAGGGGGCCGCAACCGUCCUCAUCAUCACCGUCGUCGCCAUCGCUCCCUCCGCCAGCGGCCGAGAGUCUUCCCCUCCCUCCGGGCGGGAAGAGUGAGACUCACGAGCGGCCAAUCGCGAGCGAGCUCGGCCAACCUGCCGCCGUUUCCGAGCCCGCCCGCGUCGACAAAGACGUGCUGUUGGAGCGCCAGGCCCACCUCCCCACCACUCACAAAUUCAGCAGAGAACCACUCUACAGGGUGAUCAAGAACCAGCCCCCCCCCAUCCUCUCCAUCGAGCUGGACCACAACCCCUUCAAGUGUCCGUCGGCGGGCUGCGCCAAGUCCUUCCGCAAGGCCAGUUUGCUGCACUACCACAUCAAGUACUACCACGCGGAGCAGCAGAUUUCGGCGGCGGAGCAACCGGGCGCUCCGGCGGCGGCGGCGGCGGACAUGCCGAGGAGGAAGCGCUCGACGUCGGAGCGCGGCCACUUUGGCUACGACGUGGCGAGCGGCGCCUGUCAGCGUGACGACGGAGAGCCCCCCGGGACUACGCUAACAGAGGUCAAGCGGGACAAGAGUCAUCAAGACAAGAAAGAGAGAAAAAACUUUCUGAGGGUCAAACUGAAGAAGAAGAAGAAAAAGAAGAAAAAGAAAAAGAUCAGCCAAUCAGAAGUUUGCAGUAGCGACAACGACGACUUGGCCGCGUUCAAAUUUGGCGAGGAGCACCCCGGCGCGCACGCACUGGACGACGGCAGCGACUGGUCGACGCUGACGGCGGAGAGCGGCGAGGACGCGCCCUCCUGGUCGCCGGCGGCGGGAGCGGACGACAGCGAGGUGGUGAGGUGCGUGUGCGAAGUGGACGAGGAGAACGACUUUAUGAUCCAGUGCGAGUCCUGUUUGCGUUGGCAGCACGGCACCUGCAUGGGCUUGUACGAGGACAACGUGCCGCGCAACUACGUCUGCUACUACUGCAGACACUGUACAGGUCGCAGGCGGGCUCGGCGCCACCCGUCCGAGCCCGACCUGCUGACGUCGGGACGCAUGUUCGGUCUGUCGUUUGUGCGGGACAACUACUCGGAGAGCAACGCCUCCAAGAUCACGCAGACCAGCGGCCUCCUGGCGCACACGCACACACUCCAGCAGGUCCUCAGCGGCCUGCAGCUGAAGAUCGGACUCUUGAGAACGCCCUCGCACCCCGACUUGCAGCUGUGGCGAUUGCCGUGGGCGCCGGAGGAGGGGCACCAGCCUCCGCUGGAGCCCCCCGUCAGUUAUGUCAGCAGCGAGCACUGCUACCAGAAGCCGGGUUUGUCGUGGGAAAAAGCCAGGCCCAGGCACGCCCCCCCCACCCCCGCCGCCCCCAAGCGAGACGCGCUCCAAGAAGAUGAGCGGGAAGACUUGGCAUUCGACGCCGGUGAGUGGCAAGGCGGCGCCAAAAGCACCAAGCGCACCUGCGCAAACGGAGACGAAGGCCACGCGCGCGCUCACCCGCCCGCUUCGGUGACCCAAUGCCAGCUGAACCUGCUGGAGCACGUGGAGCGUCUGCACCGGCAGAUCAGCGCCAGGAUGGACAUCAUCGAGAAGGAUCUGGACGUUCUGGAGUCGUGGUUGGAUCAUUCGGGUGAGCUGGAGCCUCCGGAGCCCUUGUCCCGCCUCCCGCAGCUCAAACAGCGCAUCAGGCGCCUGCUGCACGACCUGUCGGUGGUCCGCCGGCUCUCCGCGCGCCACUGGCACUCCAGCUAACGCCGUUGAACACUUUGGACAAAUGGCACAUUGGCGCCGCUUGUUUGAGAUGGACCCCCCUAACCCCCCCCCCCCUGCCCCAAAUGCGCCCGACGCAAGAGACGUUCCUCAUCCUGCGGCAGCAACUUCUCCGUUUACAUGGCAUCAACACGCACACACGUUAGCAUGCGGCACUUGUUUUAACGGCGUUCCGAGACGACGACGUAUAUUCUUAUUCUAUUUAAUUUGCUGAAACGUCGAGAAUGGCGGCCCGAAAAAAAAACAACACAAAAGCAUCUGUUGUUCCUGAUCCUGAAUAGACAGCGAGUUGCUUUGGUUUUUCUUUUUACGAUGAACAAUACUCAUGUAGUCAAACCUAAAGCUGCCUAAUGUGCGUGCGCCUUUACAUACAAGCCACUCGGAUGAAAGUAUGCGGAUACGCAGCUCCCGGCUCUCAUCUGCCGGGCCACUACUGAGCUCUUGUUACCGUGACGACCGGCGGGCUGGAUCUUCAGUCGUCUUUUUUUCCCCGCCUACCUCGGCAGAAAAUGUUCGUGGAGUCCGCCGCUUGAGAUUCCUCGCAAAAGCACAGCCCCAAGUGUGAGGAAACAAGCGGGCAUUCGAAACACUUUUUUUUUUGGUACGCUAAAAACAAACGGAUGCAGCAAUCAAGUAAGAAGGUUCUCACUUGAAGCGAGCACCCAUGCAGAUUCCGUUUGUAUUAUUCGUCACUGGUUAUGCGGCAUUUCAUCACCUAGCCAUCAAAUGACACUUUUCAGUCAAUCAUUCCCAGGAGGAGAAUUUGCUCACCGACUGGUCACGUCGUCCUGCGCGCACAAUGCAAGCGAUGACAAACCGAACCGCGUGAAGUUUUUGUUUUAUUUUGAUGGUGCGCAACUCUAAGAUGUCGCCGAAACGCU